CGCCCAAACGGUCACAGUAUCCACGUGCGGAGCAAUGGCCAAUACUGUUCUGGUCUCACAGCAGUCAGCCAGCAGCACUGGGGACAUGGAUGGCCUCUGCUCAGAGCUGCUUCUCAUCCCCCCACCUCUCUCCAACCUGGAGCCUGUUGAAAGCGACUGUCCUCCAGAGCACCCCACUCCUCUGACAGCUGACCCAGGCUGCCUACUAGUGAAGGCCACAGCUACUGAAGAGGACCCAGGGAGCAUGGAGAUCAUCGUGGAAGCAGUUGCUGGAAAUGAGACCCCAGGUGUUCUGGUGAAGGUGGUGGAGGUCUACUUCUGUGAGCACUGUGAGCAGAGCUUCGCAGAGCCUACAUUGCUGGCCCUUCACCAGUGCCCCGAGGCACCUACACAGCCUGUCCAGGCAGAGCUCGGCCCUCCACAGAGCCAGAGUCCCCCUGAUGAUCCCCUGCCGUGCCCUGUGUGUGGCCAGGAGUUUGCCCAGCCCCAGGCCCUGAAGAGCCAUUUCAAGAUGCACAGAGGUGCCCCUAACACAUUCCCCUGCCUGGAGCCGGGCUGUGGCUUCUCCGUAGAGGCACGCCGGGUGCUGCAGCAGCACCUGAGACAGGUCCAUGGUGCUGACGUGCCCGUGCCCUGUGCCUUCCGAGGCUGUCCGCUGCUCUUCACCAACCAACAGGUCAUGGAGUGCCACCGGCAGGUUCAUUACCCUUUCCACUGCCGGCUUUGCAGCUUUGUGGGCUCCAAUGUUAAGCUCUUCCGGCAGCACCAACGCAGCCAUGGAGUUGGAGCACCCAGAGCAUUGGCAACCACACCGGGUCUCCCAGGAGGGGGUACGCCUUCAGAGGAAGCCAGCCUGCCCCAGCCAGGGCCCCAGACCACAGCAGGUCAUGAUGCAGAGAAAGAGGAGAGUGGCCCCCAGGACAUCCCGCAAACCCCUGAGAGUGGUCAGCAGGCUCCGCCAAGAGAAGGGGAGACAACUUCUGGCCCCGAGCCCCUCUUCAAGACCCACAUGUGCCCCGAAUGCAAGCGCUGCUUUAAGAAGCGGACCCACCUGGUGGAGCACCUCCACCUGCACUUCCCCGACCCCAGCCUCCAGUGCCCCAACUGCCAGAAAUUCUUCACCAGCAAGAGCAAGCUCAAGACACACCUGCUGCGGGAGCAGGGCCAGAAGGCCCACCGCUGCCCUCUGUGCCCGUACCGCGCUGUGGAGCGCAACGCCCUCAACCGCCACAUGGCCAGCAUGCAUGAAGGCAGCAGCAACCUCUACUCCGACACCUACUCCUGCCCUGUGUGCCGCGCCGAGUUCCACCUCAGCCAGGCCCUCAAGGAGCACCUCAAAAGCCACGCGGCCGCCGCCACCACAACACCGCCUGCCCUGGGCUGCUUUCAGGCAGGCUGCUACUACACAGCGCCUGAUCGCAAGGCCUUCGUGCGACACCUGAAGGAGACACACGGCGCACGAGCUGUGGAGUGCCGCCACCACGCGUGCCCGCUGCUCUUUGCUACGGCCGAGGACAUGGAGGCCCACCACAAGAGCCACUAUGCGUUCCACUGUCCCCACUGCGACUUUGCCUGCUCCAACAAGCACUUGUUCCGCAAACACAAGAAGCAGGGCCACCCUGGCAGCGAGGAACUCCGCUGUCCCUUCUGCUCCUUUGCCACCUUCAACCCUGUGGCCUACCAGGACCACGUGGGCAAGAUGCAUGCCCAUGAAAAGAUCCAUCAGUGCGCUGAGUGCAGCUUUGCCACGGCCCACAAGAGAGUGCUGAUUCGCCACAUGCUGCUGCACACCGGUGAGAAACCUCAUAAGUGUGAGCUGUGCGAUUUCACAUGCCGGGAUGUGAGCUAUCUGUCCAAGCACAUGCUGACGCACUCAGACACCAAGGACUACAUGUGCACCGAGUGUGGCUACGUCACCAAGUGGAAGCACUAUCUCAGCGUGCACAUGCGCAAGCACGCUGGUGACCUCAGAUACCAGUGCAACCAGUGCUCCUAUCGCUGCCACCGGGCUGACCAGCUGAGCAGCCACAAGCUGCGGCAUCAAGACAAGACCCUGAUGUGCGAGGUGUGCGCCUUUGCAUGCAAGCGCAAGUACGAGCUGCAGAAGCACAUGGCCGCCCAGCACCACCCAGGAGCACCUGCCCCACUCUACAAGUGCCGCUACUGCAGCUACCAGAGCCGCCACAAACAGGCACUGCUGAGCCAUGAAAACUGUAAGCACACGCGCCUGCGUGAGUUCCGCUGCACGCUCUGCGACUACCACAGCUUCAGCAACACCGCGCUCUUCUGCCAUAAGCGUAAGGCGCACGGCUACGUGCCCGGGGACCAGGUCUGGCAGCUCCGCUACACAGGCCAGGAACCAGAGACCGCCAGGCAGUGCCCCACUCCGCCGCUCCCAGACUCGGAGCCCUCAAACCCGCUGUACACUUCCCCUGAGGAGCCCAGCGGUGACCUGGUGCCCAGCGAGCGCUCCAGCCUGGAGCCAACCCUGCCAGAAAACAGCCAGGAAGAGCUAGAGUCACACCUGGGGCCAGCAGUGGGGGGCAGCCCCAGACCGGCCGAGGUUGAUGAAGGGGGUUGUACACUCCACUUGGAGGCACUGGGCAUUGAGCUGGAGACUGUGGCCGAGCCUCCCUUGGAGGCGCUGGCAGAAGCGGAUCCUGCAGAACUGGGGUCUCUGGAAGAAACCAGGCCACCUCAGGCUGCGGCACUGCCACAACUGGGAAUGGAGCAAGAGCCCCUUACCGCCAAGCCAGUCCCCGAGAGCCCCAGGGAUGCACCUUCCUCCGAGGAAGGGCCUCCUGGCCUCCAGACGGGAGCCUUAGAGACGGCACCGCCAGCGGAGAUGGGCCCCCUGGCCCAGCUCCCUGAAGCGGAGUCCCUGCUGCGGGCCCUGCGGCGAAGGGAUAAGGAGCAGGCCGAGACUCUGGUGCUAGAGGGCCGCGUACAAAUGCUGGUGGUACGGGAUGACGCCCGGGCCUUCCGCUGCUCGCAGUGCCCGUUCAUCACCCGCCGCGAGAAAGCCUUGAGCCUACACGCCCGGACAGGGUGCCCUGGCCGUCCCAGCCGUGGCCGCCGUGCGUCCCUCUUGUGCCCCGAGUGUGGUGCCAGCUUCAAGCAGCAGCGCGGCCUCAGCACCCACCUGUUGAAGAAGUGCCCAGUGCUGCUGAGCAGGAACAAGGGCCUGCCCGGGCCAGCCCUGCUCCCUCUGCCCCCUGCCGCCUCUGCCACCCGGGAAGGUGAGAUUUCCCCUCCUACACCAGUGGAAAGCAAGCCCGAACCCCCCAAAGAUGCCCCCUCGGCCCUUCCCAAGGAACCCAAGGAAACAGCAGCGCCUCUUGCCUCUUGCCCCCUCUCUGACUCCUCCUCCCUGGUCCCUCCCGCGGGGAUCCCCACCUCGCCCACAGAGACCCCCCAAAAGUUCCACUUCGAGCAGGGCAAGUUCCACUGUGCAGCCUGCUCCUUCCUCUGCUCCCGACUGUCCUCGAUCACCUCGCAUGUGGCCGAGGGCUGCCGCGCGGUGCGUGCCAAGCAGGGGGCCCCCCACUCCCCAGCCAGCUCCCCGUGGAGCCCUGCUGGGAACCCCGAGAACGGAACACCCAAGCCCAAAGGGACGCGUUUCUCCUGCACCAAGUGCCCCUUUAGUUGCCAGCAGGAGCGGGCGCUGAGGACGCACCAGGCCCGUGGCUGUCCCCUGCCAGCGAGCGAGCCUUGCCGCUGCGACCUCUGCCCCUUCACAGCCCCCCGGGCCGCCGCCCUGAGGCUCCACCAGAGACGAAAGCACCCCACGCACACUGGCUCCUCCACACCCCCAGCCCGCGGGCCCCGGCCCCCGCUGCAAUGCGCGGACUGCAGCUUCACCUGCAAGCAGAGCCGGUGCCUGCAGCAGCACCGGCAGCUCAAGCAUGAGGGCGUGAAGCCCCACCGGUGUCCCUUCUGUGACUUCUCCACCACCCGCCGCUACCGCCUGGAGGCCCACCAGUCUCGGCACACGGGCGUGGGCCGCAUCCCUUGCAGCUCCUGCUCGCAGACCUUCGGCACCAACUCCAAGCUGCGCCUGCACCGGCUCCGCGUCCACGACAAGACGCCCACCCACUUCUGCCCGCUGUGCGACUACAGCGGCUACCUGCGGCACGACAUCACGCGCCACGUCAACAGCUGCCACCAGGGCACUCCGGCCUUCGCCUGUCCCCAAUGCGAGGCCCACUUCAGCUCGGAGACGGCGCUCAAGCAACACACACUGCGCCGGCACCACCCCGAGUCCCCCGCGGCCACCACCCCAGGUGCCCCCAGCUCCCCAUCAGAGGCAGCGGAAGGCCCGCUGCACUGCUCACGCUGCGGGGUGCAAUGCCCCAACCCCGCUAGCCUGCGGGGCCACACCCGCAAGCAGCACCCGCGUCUCGAAUGUGCCUCCUGCCAGGCGGCCUUUCCCAGCCGCCCAGCAUUGGAGGCUCAUAGGCGGCAACAGCAUUUCAGCCAUCGCUGCCAGCUCUGCGACUUUGCAGCCCGGGAGAGGAUGGGCCUGGUGAAGCAUUACUUGGAGCAGCAUGAAGUUAGAGACACAGAGGACGGGGACCCACCGGGCCUGCACUGCCCCUUCUGUGACUUCACCUGCCGCCACCAGCUGGUGCUCGACCACCAUGUGAAGGGGCACGGUGGCACCCGGCUCUACAAAUGUACAGAUUGCGCCUACAGCACCAAGAACCGCCAGAAAAUCACCUGGCACAGCCGCAUCCACACCGGCGAGAAGCCCUACCGCUGCCAUCUCUGCCCUUACGCCUGUGCCGACCCCUCCCGGCUCAAGUACCACAUGAGGAUCCACAAGGAAGAGCGGAAGUACCUCUGCCCUGACUGUGGGUACAAGUGCAAAUGGGUCAAUCAGCUCAAGUACCACAUGACCAAGCACACAGGCCUAAAGCCAUACCAGUGUCCAGAGUGUGAAUACUGCACCAACCGUGCUGACGCGUUGCGGGUGCACCAGGAGACCCGGCACCGCGAGGCGCGCGCCUUCGUGUGCGAGCAGUGCGGCAAGGCCUUCAAGACGCGCUUCCUGCUGCGCACACACCUGCGCAAGCACAGCGAGGCCAAGCCCUACGUGUGCAAUGUGUGCCGCCGCGCCUUCCGCUGGGCCGCUGGCCUGCGCCACCACGCCCUGACCCACACAGACCACCACCCCUUCUUCUGCCGCCUCUGCAGCUACAAGGCCAAGCAGAAGUUCCAGGUGGUCAAACACGUGCGCCGGCACCAUCCCGACCAGGCUGAUCCAAGCCAGGGCGUGGGCAAAGACCCCAGCACCCCCACGGUGCACCUCCAUGACGUGCAGCUGGAAGAUUCCGGCACUCAGGUGCCAGCAGCUCCCCCGACUGGCCCUGAGGGUUGACAGUCUGCACCCCUCAUCCUUCAGGAGAAAGAUGGGAGUCCGUGAGAUGCUGAUGGGAGCCACCUGGCUUGGGCACAGCUCUGAGCCCCAGCAAGAACUGGUUUUGGGGUGUCAAAGUGGACAACACCUGCCAAUACACAGGCCCUGGAACUUAGAAGUCAGCAG